AUGGGUUCACUCUCAGACACGAAACUGAACGUCACAAUCAUAGGCGCAGGCAUAGCCGGCCUCGCAACCGCCGUAGCCCUCGCCCAGAAAAACCACAACGUCACGGUCCUAGAAUCCAAACCCGCCCUCAACGAAUUCGGCGCCAGCAUAGGCAUAACAGCCAACGGCGUCCGCCCCCUCAAAGCCUGGGGUCUCACGUCCGCGUUCUCCAAAGUGGUGACGAAAAACGGCUUCCUAGACUUCCGCGACGGCUUGACGGGAGAAUUGCUCGGACAUCUACCGCACAACAAAAACAGCGCGGCGGUGAUCGGGUACGGAGAGGAGAUCUGGAAUAUCAAUCGCCGGGACUUACAGGACGUUCUAGCUGCGGCCGCGGAGGAGGCUGGGGCGAGGUUGGUGUUUGGGAAGGAGUUUGAGAGGAUUGAUCUUGAGACGGGGAGCGUGGUGCUGAAGGGUGGAGAGACGGUGGAAGGGGAUGUGGUUGUCGGGGCUGAUGGGAUCGCGUCGGGUGUGCGGAGAGAGAUUCCGGCGUUGAAGGGUGUGGAGGCGAUUCCGAGGGGGAGUGGGUGUUAUCGGUGUACGGUGCCCAAGGAGAAGAUGCGUGGGAAUGCGAAGCUGGAGUGGUUGUUGGAGUCGGGGGAUGAGUAUGGGUUUCUGGGGCCUGGGAGGUAUCUUCUCAGCUGGCCGCUGCCGCCUCACAGGGCGUAUGAUGUGGUGCUUGGGCCCGUCCCUGACGCUGAGGUGCCACCUGGUCGUUGGGGAAUGAAGGGAGAUCCAGAGGUGGCGAGGGCAGAUUUUGCGGACUUCUGCCCCACCGUCGUGGAGUUGUUGGAGCAUAUCGAUACUUGCGUCAAGUGGAGGAUCGCUGAGCUGCCACCAUUGGAGACGUGUCGCAGCGAGAGUGGGAGAGUGGUGAUUAUCGGAGACGCGUACCAUGCGAUGCUACCGCACGCAGCAAGCGGCGGCAACUCCGCCCUCGAGGACGCCGCCUGCCUCGCCAAAUGCCUCGACUGGGCCGCCCGCACCUCUCGCCCGGUGUCCAGCGCCACGGAGGCCUUCCAAGCAGUCCGGCAGCCGCGCUUGCAUCGAAUGCAGAUUGCGUGCCACGACGCGGUUGAGCUUCUCGAUGGAAAAGAGGACUUCAUCCCCGUUCGAAAGCAAAUGCUCGCAGCCGCGACAAAGGCUUACGAUGCGGAUCUUGCGCUGUCGGAGGCGGAGAGGCGCGCGCGGCCGAAGGAGGAUGCGGAUAUGCAGGCGAAGUUCCCAACGGAGCCGUAUUUGCAGUGGCUGUAUGGGUAUGAUGCUAUUGCAAUUGCGAGGGGGCAUUUGGCGAAGCUGUAG